AUGGGGCUCGAGACGUUCGACCUGGAGGCCGUCGCGUCCAAGUACGCGGGCGUCAACCGCGUCCGCCACCUCUUGUUCAUCGUCGAGUAUGGGAAGACGUGCGUGAUGGACCCAGAGAGCAAGCGCGCGGUGUGUCUCCAGUACGCCAAGGAUGCGCUGCGCAUGCUCCUCGCCGAGCUCGAGACGACCAAGACGGCGGCCAACACGGUCUUGUACCGCGAGCUCACAACCAAGUACGCCGACUUGCUCCCGCUCGACUUCAAGGUGGACGCGGCCUUUGUGGACGCGGCGACGCGUGCCAACAACAGCCGCCACGAGCGCCUCGAGCAAGAGCUCAACUCGUACAAGUCGAGCUUGAUCAAGGAAAGCAUUCGCAUUGGCCACAACGAUCUCGGCGAGUUUUACUACCGCAUGGGCGACCUCCCUUCGGCCUUGCGCAGCUUUGCCCAGGCGCGCGACUACUGCACGUCCGACAAGCACAUUGCAGAGAUGUGCUUUAACGUCAUUCGCGCGUCGGUGCACCUCAAGAACUUUGGCAACGUGUCCAACUACCUCAUCAAGCUCGAGCAGUCGGCCGUCGAGAGCGACGCCAUUUUCGCGACCAAGAUCGCAGCGACCUAUGGCCUCUUUACGUCCUGCAACGUCGAGAUUGGCUCGAGCUUCAACGAGGUGCUACACGCCGAAGACAUUGCGCUCUUUGGUGGUCUCUGUGCGCUCGCGACGUUUGACCGCAACGAGCUCCGCGACAAGGUCAUUCAGAGUCCGUCGUUCAAGGCGUUUCUCGAGCUCGUGCCCCGCCUCCGCGAGAUGAUCCACGCGUUCUACAGCAGCCAGUACGCAUCGUGUUUGCGGACGCUGGGCGAGAUGCAAGAGGAGUGGGCCCUCGACAUGAACCUCUCGAGCCACGUGGGCGAGCUGGCCAAGGAGAUUCGCCACCGCGCGAUCGUCCAGUACUUCUUCCCGUACCUCUCCGUCGACAUGCGCGAGAUGGCCGACGCAUUCAACACGACGCCCGAGUCGCUCGAAGACGAGCUGCGCGACUUGAUUCUGCGCGGCAAAAUCCACGCGCGCAUCGACAGCCACAACAUGGUGCUCCUCGCCCACGAGGCCGACAUGCGCGCCAAGGCGUAUGCAAAUGCGCUCGCCGUCGGCCGCCAGUACACGGCCGACACCAAGGCCGCGCUCUUCCGCAUGAAUCUGAUCAAAAACAACAUUGCCGUUGGCGCCAACGACGGCGACGCGACGCUCGGCUAA